CCCACAUGCGAUACUCCAGCAAAAACCCCUCCUGGCCCUACCCACCUCAGCCCCGAAAGACAUCAUUGCAUUCCUCCUGACAAACCAUCACCGACUCAUCAGCGAGCUUUGUCUUUUCUUUGUUUCUCUGGACCACACAAUCGGCUACAACCACCUAACCACCCUUUCGGAAACGAGCAAGAUCCUACAAGAAGCAAACAGCGCUGCGUUUAUUUCACAUUACAACUUUUUCACCAGUCCGCCGCAAUGAGCGCCGACUCCAACGAUCUUCUCGAAGCCUUCAAGGCGGCCGCUUUGUCGGUGACUAAGCUCUACAAGACCACCGGUCCCGCCGUUGCAAAGGCGCGCACCGAGGGCUAUCAAGACUGUCUCGACGAUCUUCUGGCGUUCCUCGACAGGAGGAGGUUGGGCUUGAGUGACGGCGAAGGAUGGAUAAUUCGGAGUUGGGCGACGGAGCGCCUGGACGGUCGGGAUCUCCCCACGGUAGAGAGCGACGAUGACGACAAGAUCGAGCCCGCGCUAUCGCCCCAGGCGCAAUCUUUGGAUCCCAUUCAAGAGGAGGAUUCAAUGAGAGAUUCGCCACCUGCCCCUGCUGUCUUCGAAAACCCUCAAGAAGAACAACAACAACCACAACAGGAAUACGAACAGCCACAGCAGGAGCACCAGCAACAGCAGCGACAGCCGCCUUCCAACCCGGACGACUUCCAGAUUGUGGUCCCAACGCAGGAAACAUUCACCUUUCAAUCAGCACACCCCUUUCCUCAUGAGGAGGCGAUGAAGUUGGAGAAUCUGGCGCUUUCCGAUGCUCCUAGAAAUCGCUCCGUUUCAACCUCGACAAGUUCGCGGAACAACAGAAACCGCGCACUUAGACAGUCUGCUACACGAACACUUGGCCGAGGCGCCGGACAAAAGCGAAAGGUGGUCGACCUUGCAGAAUUCUUUCGAAUCGACAACUUUGGGCCUGGUAAUGACAAGGAUCCCUUCAACCAGAACUCGAAAAGGAGCCGCCACACCUAAACACAGACAUGACGGAACGCCUUCUUCGCUAGAUAGACGACAGAUGCCUCACGGCAGAGGUACAUCAUGGGCAUGGGGUACAACCUGGGCUUCAUCGCGGCCGGGAACAUUCAAACCAACACAUUUGCAUUUCUCUGCGGUCAAGGGCUAGCGUAACUGGAGGAUUGUGGCAUUUACUGGGAGGAAUCCAGGUUAGGCUGGGAAGGGCAUCAUUUUCGUGGAGAGGUAGCGAUUUGCACCUAGGGCGUUGGGACACCAUUAUACCAUCAAAGAUGUGCCAGUGUACUCUUUCUCUUUAGCUGGGGUUUUCUUUCUCUUGUAUUGAUGUUUUUGGAGUUAGACUUGCACGGUAAUAGGCUAGCAUGGUUUUGUGUUUAUGGGAUUUCUCGGUGCCUUUACUCUCCAUGACAUAGGAACUGCCUCGGGGUAUGUUUGCAGGUCAUAUUCGGACUCGUGUAUCAUAGUCAGAUGGAUGAACUUCCUGGAUUUAUCGCUCCAUCUAGCGCUGGAGGCGACGUGUGUGGGAUUGAAGAUAUGGCGGUUUGUUACAAACGGCGGAGAGCUAUAAGCAAUGGUGUCUCGAGGGUGCCGACUGAGGCAUAUAAUGAUACCCCUUUUCUCCAGUGUACGACACGAGAUUGGGUUAAGGUCCUAGAUGCAUAGUGUCAUCCGAACGUGGUUUGUAUGAACGUUCAGUCCCGUCUUGAGUUCCAGGGGCAAUACCGAGUAAGCUCAAGGCCCAUCAAAUGCCAAGGUGAAAUUAAAUAUCAGAUUUGC